GAACCAAUGGAUUCUCUCUCUGCUCCAACAAAUGGCUUCUCCUUCUCUGCUUCUCGCUUUCACUCUCCUAGCUCUGUGGCCACUCGGUCACGCUUCGCUCAUGCUCACACUAGUCAAUAACUGCCCCUACACGGUUUGGCCAGCAAUCCAACCCAACGCGGGCCACCCGGUUAUUGAAAAUGGAGGGUUCGCUCUCUCCAGCCUGACCCACCGCUCCUUCCCCGCCCCGACCCAGUAUUGGACGGGCCGGAUCUGGGCCCGUACAUGUUGUAACUAUGCCGAUGACCACUUCUCCUGCGCCACAGGUGAUUGUGGCAACCGCCUCGAGUGCAACGGCCUCGGUGGGGUCCCCCCAGCAACUCUCGUUCAGUUCACUCUCCACCACGGCGACACGGACCUUUCCUCGUACGGUGUUAGCCUGGUGGACGGUUUUAACAUCCCCAUGACUGUGACUCCACACGAAGGAAAGGGCGUUUGUCCUGUUGUGGGCUGCAAGGCUAAUUUGCUUGACACGUGUCCUGACGAGUUGAAGGUUCGGUCACCGUCUGGUCAGGGGGCGGUGGUGGCGUGUAAGAGCGCAUGCGAGGCGUUUAACACGGACGAGUUCUGUUGCAGGAAUAAUUACAAUAGCCCAGAGACGUGUAGGGGUUCAAGCUUCUCGGAGUUCUUCAAGCGUGCUUGUCCUGCCACGUUUACUUAUGCCUACGAUACUCCAUCUCUUAUGCAUGAAUGUUCCUCUCCACGUGAGCUUAAGGUCAUAUUCUGUAACUAGACAGUUUGUCCCUUUAGUAAACCAGAAAGUGUGUAGUAUGUUUGUCUUCUUUUCUUUAAAUUAUUGAUAGUGUUGGGGAAGUGAAAAAAAUUAAAAUUUGUUAAGUGUUUGAAACGG